CUUAUCUCACAUUCUUAAAACACGGAAAACAUAACAAAAACCCGUACACACAAUUCCAAAAAUCUCCAAUUUUCGCCAAAAAAGUUUUAAGAUUUAACAAAAAGAACCCUAAACACCAAAUCUUGAUUUAAAUACCUCUCUCUACGCACCUAUUCUAAUCAAAAUCAAAAAUUCAAUUUUUGUUUCCCCUUUUCUUCAUCUUCUUCCUCAUCCUCCUUAAAGUUUCCACCUUUAGCUACCGAAGAGAUAACCCAAAUUCUCGUCGGAAAGUUUUUUUCAUCUUUAUUAUUAUUAUUAUCUCCGGUGGCGUUUGUGAAUGGUGGAAACUAAUACGAACGGUGAUAAUCCUAGGCUCACCCUUUCCACAAAAAGGGAGAGCUUUUACAUCUCUACAGACUCUGUUUUCUCAUUCGGUUCUUGCAAAGAAGGCUGGUACUACCGUUGCAUCGGCCUCGACCCGUGACCCAUCAUCAUCAUCAUUCAUUCAUCCUUUGUUGUAGUAGAUCUUGUUUUUUUUUUUAUAUAUAAUAAAAGAAAAAGGAUGUUGCUUUACAAGAAGAAGAGUCAGAUCGUUAAAGGAAACAGAAUCUUGAUCAGCGUUACGUUUCUUGGUAGUGCUGGUCCGAUCAGGUUCGUUGCUAAUGAAGGUGAUCUCGUCGCAUCUGUGAUUGAUACUGCUUUGAAAUGUUACGCUAAAGAAGGUCGUUUGCCGAUUCUUGCUUCUGAUUUCAAAGAUUUUGUUCUCUAUUGUCCAUUGGUUGGACCUGGAGCUUUGCUUCCAUGGGAGGCAAUAGGGUCGUUGGGAGUGAGGAACUUUAUGUUGUGUAAGAAACCAGAGGAGGAGAAGAAGGUGGAAGGAGACAAUGGAAGAUCGAAUUUUCCGAUUAAUGGAGCUAGAAAAGGAGGAGCUGGUGGAAGAAGCUUUAAGGCUUGGAUUAACAAGUCUUUUAGUCUUAAAGUCUCAACUCAUUAGCUCUCUCUUUUGAAUGUGUGUGCUCACUCAGAUUGGUUCUCUGUUUUUUUUUUUUUUGGUUUUUGUCAUGUUUGAACUUAUGAUUUGUUUUGUUUCUUAUGAUGAAGUUGCUUUCAGGAAAUAAACAAAAGUUUCAAGUUCUUUUGGUAUUUUGUGUUUCAAAUGUGUAUUAUGCAAAAAUUAGUUUUUUUUUUUUCAAAUUUUGAUUAACAGAAAUGUGAAAAUUUCAUUUCGUUUUUUUAGUAUAUUUGAUUAUGCAAAGUGUGUGGUUCAGAGACAACAAGAAAAACAAAAUCAGAAUUUUAACAAGGAAAUCACAACUUUGAUGUAGGCGCAAUUUGUGGAAUUGUUGUUGGAGUAACUUUAUUGGUUAUUGAGACGAGAUAAUAAAAGCGAUUUUGAUUUCUAUC